UUUUAAUUUUUGGUCUGUCCUUUCAAAUAUAAAUAUAGGCCUUGAGCAAAUCCCACUUCCGCGAGAUUUCGACGCCAUUACAGUCGAUGAACGACGAAAAGGAGGAGGGGACUAGAAAAUGAGUUUCUUUGGAUUCGGCCCUAGUGCCGACAUCGAUAUAGUGCUAGAUGGACAGGAUACUAGAAAAACUGCUGAAAUCAAAACAGAAGAUGGCAAAAAAGAAAGACAUUUUUUGUACUAUGAUGGGGAAACAGUAGCUGGGAAGGUAAAUAUUACAAUGAAAAAAGCUGGCAGUAAAAUGGAACAUCAAGGCAUCAAGAUAGAAUUUAUAGGACAAAUAGAAUUAUAUUAUGACCGAGGAAAUCACCACGAGUUUACCUCUCUUGUCAAAGAGCUAGCUCGACCAGGGGAGAUAACUGGAAAUACAACCUUUGGUUUCGAGUUCCAGCAGGUUGAAAAACCAUAUGAAUCAUACACAGGUGCCAAUGUUAGGUUACGGUACUUUUUACGAGUGACAAUAGUGAAGAGAUUGUCAGAUACUGUGAAGGAACAAGACAUUAUUGUACACACAUUAUCACAGUACCCGGAAAUGAACAGCAGCAUAAAAAUGGAGGUCGGCAUUGAAGACUGUCUACAUAUAGAAUUUGAAUAUAAUAAAUCCAAGUACCACUUGAAGGAUGUUAUAGUGGGGAAGAUAUACUUCUUAUUAGUACGAAUUAAAAUCAAGCAUAUGGAAAUUCAAAUUAUCAAGAGAGAAAGCACAGGGACAGGUCCCAAUACGUAUAAUGAAAAUGAAACAAUAGCAAAGUAUGAAAUAAUGGAUGGAGCACCAGUCAGAGGUGAGUCAAUACCAAUCCGAUUGUUUUUGAGUGGAUACGAGCUCACACCAACCAUGAGAGACAUCAACAAGAAGUUUUCAGUCAGGUACUAUCUCAACCUGGUUCUGGUUGACGAGGAGGAGCGACGGUACUUCAAACAACAGGAAAUAACAAUUUUCCGGCGGGCUGACAAAGCCAGACGUGCGGUAGCUGGAGAGAAGAAGCAGACGCAUCACUCAAUGCAACAUCACAAAGAGGCUGCACCACCACCAUCAAUAAAACCAUCUGAGGAGAAUUCAGACAGCCAAUGAUGUCACUUCCUGUCAUGUCCCAUCAUUCUUUAUUCACAGCGGCUUGUGAUUACCAUAGCAACAUUAAUUAUUUCACUAAGUGUGUGUACAUGUUCAAGAAAAAAAAGCUCCCACUUCAAGGUUUUCUUUUGUCAUACAGCUUUAGCCAUAUUUCAGUGUUAAACAAAUGUAUCACUGUUUGCUAUUAUUCUUUCUGAACAGUAACAAUAGCUCUGUUAUCAAAUUGAUCAAAAAUAUACUAGUAGUGGAUAUAAAAAGCAGUGCAUGUUGUGCAUCAUUAAUUUAGUGUUUGAAUUUAGUAUCUAAAUAGACAUAACUAGAUGAAAAGUUUUGGGCAUUGACUGUGUUUAUUUUCAUUAGAGAUUCUGUAAUCAGAUUUCUUUAUGUCCAUUUGUCCAUCAAGAGUUUUGACAACAGUAAAAUAUGCUAAAUAUUAUCAUAGGUGAAUAAAGUUUAUGCCAUAAAAGAAAUAUGAACAGGGUAAUGUUUUCUUACAUGAAGGAAAAAAAAUUACCAAAAUUAUUCAUUAUUUGUAAUUCGUAAAUUAGGAGAUCUACAAAAAAUUGGCUCUAACUAAGUCAGUAUUUUAUACUAUACUGUGAAACAUAAAAAUGUUAACACUGAUAAUUUUUAAAUCUCUCUGUCAAAAAACAGAUGUAAAAUGUAGAUGUUAAAUUUCUUGUAUAUUGAGGGAGUGGCUGAUUCCAAAAGAAUUAUUCUUGAGUACAAUUUUUAGUCGGAUACUAUUCUAAAAUCCUAUGGAAGCUGAUUUUGUGUCAAGUUUAGAUGAAGUAUGGUUGGACACUAGUACUUUUAAUGUAAUUUGUACAAAUGUAAAUAUAUGAAAUAUGUGGGCUUGCGUCCACAGUUAUGUGCAAUGUUAACUCAUACUGAUAUGUGAUUUCCCAUUUAGAACCUCCAAGGUGUACAUGUGUGGAUUGAUAUGUACAUGUAACUUGUAAUUUACAUUUUCUUGCACUGUUACUUAAUUGAAUGGGAUAAAACCUUAUUACAGCUGUAGGACGCUUUAUCAUGGACAAAAAUA